AUGUAUAACCACAUUGCACAAGCUCGUAAACAUAAGCCAGAACAUAUGACAAAGACUACCAACGUGAAAGCAAGCCUCAUAUCCAUCUAUAUUAAUUUCACUGGUGUUUAUUCCAUGAAUAUAACUGUCCACUUCGACCCAGAGUGGAGCACCUGCCUGGACGUGGGCGGCCACGUGUGGGGGGGAGUGUGCCUCGUGCUCGUGGUGGCGGGGGUGGCGGGCGUGGGGGUGUCCGUGCCCCUGGCCAUCACCGGGAACCCCAACGACGACAUCCAGCAGCGCCUCGCCACCGCCAACGCCCUGCUGUCGGAGGUGCCGCUCAUAGACGGACACAACGACCUGCCUUGGAACAUCCGCAAGUUCAUGCACAACAAACUUCACAGCUUCAACUUCACGGCGGAACUGGACCAGCUACGCCCUUGGUCGAGGUCGUCCUGGUCGCACACGGAUCUGCCGAGGCUCCGGGAGGGGAGGGUUGGGGCGCAGUUCUGGGUAUCGUACGUACCAUGUGAAUCGCAGAGAUUGAACGCAGUCCAGCUCACUAUUGAACAGAUAGACCUCAUCAAGCGCCUCAUUGAACAGUACCCGGAUGACCUUCGACUCGCCACCUCCGCGGACGAGGUGGAGGCCGCCUUCACGGAGGGUCACAUCGCCAGCAUGAUCGGGGUCGAAGGAGGUCACGCCAUCCAGAACUCCCUGGGUGUCCUAAGAGCGCUCAGGGACCUCGGCGUGCGCUACCUCACCCUGACUCACACUUGCUCUACGCCAUGGGCGGAGUGCGCCAGGGCUCGAGAGACGGACCUAGAGGACCCGAACUCGCCCCGAGGACUCACGCACUUCGGAAAGACGGUGGUGCGCGAGAUGAACCGCCUGGGGCUGAUGGUGGACCUGAGCCACGUCUCGCAGGCCACCAUGAAGGCUGCUCUCGACGUCUCCCGCGCGCCCGUCAUCUUCAGCCAUUCCUCCGUCUACGCCAUCUGCAAGAACCCACGAAACGUCCCCGAUGACAUACUCAGGAAGGUGGCUGUGAACGGAGGCAUAGUGAUGGUGAGCUUCUACAACCACUUCCUCACCUGCAGCGACCACGCCUCCGUUGAAGAUGUUGUUGCGCACAUCAACCACGUACGGAAGGUGGCCGGAGUGAAGCACGUAGGCAUCGGUGCAGAUUUCGACGGCGUUAACAAGUUGCCAAAGGGCCUGGAGGACGUGUCUAAGUACCCUGAGCUCUUCGCUGCCUUGCUGAGGGACAAGAAAUGGACGGUGGAGGACCUGAAGCUGCUCGCCGGACAGAACCUCCUCAGGGUCAUGAGAGAUGUGGAGAAGGUUCGGAUAUCAAUGAGCCAUCAGAAGAUCCCGCCCUUCGAGGAGGAGGUCCCGACGGCACACUUGGAGGGCCACACCAACUGUAGCUACGGAUUUAUCAAGAACUCCGACGACUAG